CCGAUCAAUCGCGCGUAUGACAAGUGUUGGAUUUACGCGAUUUACUGUGAUCGAUAUGCUAUAUGUUGUCUUUGUGUCGAAUACUUUUUUGGGUUCGAGCGAAUUGUUCACUCGCUGUCAUUUAUGGGAUGCUUAUGUAGAUCAGGAUUGUGGUGAAUUUUUGAAUAUCCCGCCAAAACGUCGAUACCUAUUGUAUUCAAAUGAUCGAUGUUCGACUCUCUCAAUGUUCAAACCGUUGGAAAACCCUGUGUAUAACAACCUUUUCCACAGCUUAUGCAGAUGCAGAUGCAGAGACUAGUUGCAAUUCGUCACAAUCGAUUUCAAUGGCUCGCCGUAAAUAAAUAACAUACGGCACAGCGAGAUUCCGUUGUGGCAUAUUGUAAAUAUAAGAGACGAAAAAUAGUGUACAUAAAGGUAGGAAAAUACAAUUGCAGCCAAAAUGUCUCGACAUCGCGAUGUUCGAUCCAUGAACUACACGGAUGAAUACGACGGCUACGAUGACGUUUAUGGACAUUCCGUCGAGGAUGACUACUGCGUUUCACCAAGCGCGGAGCAGUUCAUGUUUGAUCGAAACAAGUCAGCAAACAUGUCAUCUUUUUUUACCGAGCCAGACAUACUAGAAGCCAACGAAGAGGAGGAGGAGGUAGCGGUACCUUCCAGUUACAAAUUGCCAGAGUUGACUGAUUUGGAGGCAGCUAAGUUAAUGUCCUGUGUGGAAGCUGUUAAAAAUGUCAUAGGAGAGACACUUCCGGAAUCGGAAUUGAACAAGAAAAUAAUCGAAUUCAACUACAAUACAGAAGCAGUUCUCAAUUCUAUAUUAAACGAUGAGACAAGAAGCAACCAAGAUAAGCAGCCUGCAGAAAAAGAUUUGGUUGAGGCACAAUCAGGAAAGAGAAGUGGCGGUGCCACGGCAGCCAAGGUAGUACCGCAAUUGAUGAUGCCACCGGUCAAGGUAGUUCCAGCAGCUUCGAAAACGAUAGUGAAGGGCUUCGAUGUCAGCGCAGAAAAUGUGGAUCUGCUGAGAAGUCCUCGUACGCAGAGCCCGUCUUCCGAAAGGAGUUCUCCAGAUCCAUCUUCGAGGGACACUUCCCUUCGCAAAGAGAGCAAGAAGCAACAGGCGAGUGGUGGAUCAGUUAUUGGCAAGAGCAGUUCAUCGAGGAGCGAAUCGCCUAUGGCUUCGGAUUCGGAAAGCCAGGUUGAGGUGCGCGUGAAGCAAGAAGAGAAGCGUGAUGCUCUCGUCGUGUACAAGAACAAACGAGAAGGAUGCAAGGAGCAGCUACACCUGAUCGUCGUUGGUCACGUCGACGCUGGAAAGAGUACGCUUCUUGGUAGGAUGCUUUGCGACCUCGGCCAGGUGUCAUCCAAACUCAUACACAAGUACCAGCAGGAGAGCAAAAAGAUCGGCAAGCAAUCCUUCGCCUACGCCUGGGUGCUCGAUGAAACUGGCGAAGAGAGAGAGCGAGGUAUUACGAUGGACGUGGGUCACUCCAAAUUCGAGACGAACACCAAAUCUGUCACGCUUCUCGAUGCUCCUGGCCACAGAGACUUCAUACCGAACAUGAUCAUGGGUGCUACCCAGGCGGAUGUGGCCUUGUUAGUCGUUGAUGCUACCAGAGGAGAAUUCGAAAGUGGCUUUGACAUGGGAGGACAGACGAGGGAACACGCUUUAUUACUACGUUCUCUCGGCGUUUCGCAAAUAGCGGUUGUAGUCAACAAACUCGAUACAGUGGAUUGGUCCAAAGAGAGAUACAACGAAAUCGUUAACAAAUUAGGUGCCUUUUUGAAACAAGCAGGAUUUAGAGACAGCGUUACGUAUGUGCCCUGCAGCGGACUUUCGGGUGAAAACAUUGUCUCAAAGCCUGAAUCGGAAGGACUUAGCAGUUGGUACACUGGUCCUACGCUUAUUCAAGUCAUUGACAAUUUUAAAUGCCCGGAACGUCCCGUAGAUAAACCCUUCCGGUUUUCCGUGAACGAUGUAUUCAAAAACAUCGGCUCUGGUUUUAGCGUUUUCGGACACAUGGAAACUGGAAUGGUUUCUGUCGGUGACAAAAUCCUAAUCCUACCUCGCAAUGAGCCUGCUGUGGUCAAAGGAAUACAAAUAGAUGAAACUAAUACCAGCCACGCGUUUGCGGGAGAUCAAGCUAGCCUUAUACUCUCGGGUAUCGACCAACAGAAUUUGGCUAUCGGUGACAUUGUGUGCAGUCCGCAAAACCCUGUCCCGGUGAGCAGCUGCUUCCAAGCGCAUGUUGUUAUAUUCGCUGUGAAAACACCACUGACGAAUGGUAUGCCGGUCGUACUGCAUCAGCAAUCGCUCGUCGAACCCGCAGUUAUAAGUAAACUUGUAGCACAGCUCAACAGGAGCACCGGCGAAGUUAUUAAAAAGAAGCCUAGAUGUUUGUUAAAGAAUUCUAGCGCAAUUGUGGAAAUCACGACUCAACGACCAAUUUGUGUCGAACUGCACAAAGAAGUGAAACAGCUGGGCAGGGUCAUGUUGAGGAUCGAUGGUGCGACAGUCGCUGCCGGGCUUGUAACUAAGAUCAAAUAAGACUUUGUUCUUCUUAGCUAAUAAUAAUAUCGAAGAGAUCCUUUUGUGUCUAACAUUUUUAUAUCAAUCUAUUGUGCACAAGAAAUACUACUGAUUUUUUUAAAUGUAUUUAUUUCCUUGCUUGUUGGCAAGUUCAGUAUCUUGUUAGAAAUGAAUUUCUAGAAACUUCUUUAGACACAUAUUUGACUCAUUAUUUUCUAUACUGAUACUGGACUGCAAUACUGGACAAUUAUUUGAUUUAAAAGCAAUUCCAACGAAUAUAUUCUUGGUUGCCAAUAUUAUUUAAACUAUAGUACAAGAUUUUUAUACUCUAGACUAUUACUAGACUACUUGGACAUAAAAGGGUCGAAACACUGUUAUAAAUAUCAGUCUUUUUUUUAUUACCAUACUUUUGCAAAGCUAAAUUUUUUACAAAACGCGAGUAUAUAGGUUACAAAAAAAUUGUUUUCCUCUGAAACCAUUUUAAUAAACGAAAUAUGGUUAUUUAUAAAAUGAUAAAUUAUUUAUAAAAGGUUGUACAAGUUAUAUUGGUGUUACUUGUAUUAAAUAAAGUUAUGCGUUUUAAUAAUUUUAA